AUGGCUUUCCAACACAGCACCCGACUCGUGAAGUUGACGCAGGAGCGCAUCAACACGCUGGUGGCCGGGCACAAGCAGUUGGCCAGGGACCGCCGCCUCGCUGCCAUGUUCCACCAGGAGUUUGACGUCCUGCUGGACCUGGACGGCGCGGCGGGGGCACCCAAGGCCUUGGGCACCAGCCUCGGCUUCCCCGCCAUGCUUACCACUUUCCGCGGCCACAACACCUUCUGCGACCUGCCCCGCCUCGCUCGCUGCGAGACUGACAGGCUGGCGGCCUUCUUGGCCCUUGCUCGCAGCGUGAAGCAGCUCCACGCCCGCGGCUACGCCCACAACGACAUCAAGGAAAACAACGUGGCGGUGUGCCGGGGCGCCGACGGCCGCCUGCAGGUGUCGCUCAUCGACUACGGCGCGGCCCAGAGGCUGGGCACAAGGGUUGGCUUUGUGGGCGCGAGCACACGGCGCACGCCCUGGCUGGCCCCGGAGCUGCUGGUCGGCGGCCGCUGCUCACGCGCCGGGGACGUCUUCUCCCUCGGCUACGUCCUCAGCAACAUCCUGGACACCUGCCACAGGUACUACCCCGCCCUGGACGUGCUAGCCGAGGCCGUCAUGGCCGCAAACCCUGCACGGCGACCCUCGCUCAAGAAGAUCAUCAAGACAGUUAACAAGUUCACGGGCCAACGGUACGAGGCGGCGAGGCGGGAAACCUUCAUCCGGCGAGUUCGCAAAGCCUUCUCCUGCCUCUUCCCGCGCCGCCGCCGUUAUUAA